AAAAAUUUGAAAGAUGCUUGGUACGAUGUGUUUUUGAGCAUGUUAGGCAAUUGAGUCUCAAGCACAAGGCAAGAACCAAAACAUGGCGCUGCGAAUCAGAAAUAUAUCGCCAGCUGUGCUGUGUUUGCUCCUGAACGGUUUGUUUUCUAAUGUAAACGUUCCAUUUACAAUUGGCGAAGAAUCAACUUCAAGCUUCUUUGAGAAGUAUAAAGGUCACUCCUUACUUGGUCACGUCAUCGAUGUUUACGAAAUGGAUGAGAUGGAGUGCGGAUUGCAGUGCUUAAGAGAUGACCUAUGUCAGUCAUACAACAUCUAUCCUGCUGAUGGCCAUAACCUAAACUGCACACAGAUUUGCCAAUUGAAUAACGAAACAAAAAAGUCUAAACCACAAGACUUCAUGGAAAACCUGGGAGCGACCUACUUUGAAACAACACAGAUUGCAUGCUCCAACAUUGUUGGUGAAAGCGAUGGAAGAUGGAACUCAAGUCAGAAUCAAGGCAAAAGCGUUAUUAGUCCGGGUAACAAAGGAAACACCGGCCAAUCAAAGAUUCUUGGGUUCAACUCUUCUUCGCCUGGCGACUCCUGCAAACACAUUCGGGACUCUGAAGAUGAUUUUAUAGGAGACGGAGAGUACUGGGUUGACCCUGAGCACAACGGGAACCCCAUGAAGGUUUUCUGUGACAUGACAACCGAGCGAGGAGGCUGGCUUCUCGUCGCCAACUUUAGGAUGAAUAACUCAUUUCCAUCAAAAGAUUGGACCGCUGAGUCAUCGUAUCGCGGAAUUAGCAACUUUGCCAACAAUGAAAUGGGUAUCACAAAGAGUGCCAUGAAAGAGCUCAGGACACACUUGUUGUUCACCCAAUUGCGAUUCCACUGCAGCAAACGAAAGGGACGCACAUUCCACGUAAUCACAGCCGCUAACAGUUCUGGUGAAGCUGUCGUCCAGUACUUCAGCGGAAAGUCAGAUAAUCUUCCUCCCUCAUGCAACUCGUUCGAAAGAAUGAAUGAUGAUACCUCCCAACUAGCUUUGAACUGUAACAGAUGGGGAAAUGACGAUUCACAACUCUUUGGAAAAUGGGGACAUAAAAAAUUCCAUGGAGAAAAAAUGAUGUACAACCACGCAGCUUUUAUUCCUCAUAAAUAUCAUUGGCUGAUCGUGUCUGGCCAAUGGUUAUGUGAUGAUGGCGGUGGAAGUAGUUUCAUUUUAUCCCCUGGUGAUUUCUGGAAAAUUUAUGUGCGUUAAAAUUCACACCGAAUUAUUUUCUCGUCUAUCCAUUCCUUUAGCCAUCCUCAAGUCGUAUCUUUCCAAAAGAGCCACCUUAUGAACAGAGUGGACUUCCAUCGAGGCGACCUCCACUUGCCAACUUGCAGGCAAGAUGCCCGUGGAAGCAUGCACGGUUGCGGAUCAAAGCUGAACAGUUCAAUUUCUGGACUAUUUCUCGGAUGAAUGGAUCUGAGCCUGUCGUUUGUGAAGAGAGGAAUUCAUAAACGUUGUCGCAGUCGCGUCAGCCAGUUUCAACUGGCUUUUUUUAAAUCGGAGGGUUACUCAAUGUUGAAUUCUGAAUUUAGGCCAUCAUAACCUAAUAAACUUUAAAUGUCUAUUGACUUUAACCACAUCAAUACCAAAAUAAAAAAGGAGAAACUAUUUCUCAACAAAGCAAACUUAGGAAAAAUGUCUCGUUCCUCCCAAGUUCCGGGUAUCCAUGUAAAGCGGAAGA